CCGCUUCCGCGCUCCUGACCUUCGCGGCCGGUGUGGGCCGGGCCGGGAAGCUGAGAGCAGGGGCCCGCGUAUCGCGGCUGCGAUCAUGUCGGCCCCGACCAUGGAGGAGAGGAAAGCGUGCUGGGCGGCGCGCGACGAGUUCUGGCGGUGCCUGGACGGGCACACGGAGGAUGCGCCGCAGUGUGAGAAGCUGAGGCGGUCCUUCGAGUCCUUGUGUCCGCAGCAGUGGGUUAAAUACUUUGACAAAAGAAGGGACUUUUUAAAAUACAAAGAAAAGCUGGAAUCUGAAGGUUUUCAAUCUCCAGAAACUACUCGAAAGUCUUAGGUGCUGUGCUUAUUUAUGUGCAUCGACCCAGCAUGAUCUGUGGCAGGAAGAAGCAGCAGAAAGCAACACAAUCUCUGGAGUUCAAGAACUGGUAACCCAUCCAUCCUCCUUAAAUGCAGAAUGCUGCUCCAAGGCCUCACAUGUCUGCUGAAAACAGAUGGUCAUGGACAACUUUUUCAUAAAUAUGAGGCAGUGCAGGGCUGUUCACAAACCCAAGGCUUAGAGUUUGUAACUCCAGUCAAUGUUCUGCAAGAAUAAAUGAUUAUGUGAUAGCAUUUACUUUUCUUUUUAACACACGGACACCUGUUUUUUUCUUAAGUGGAUCCACUUUCCCCAAUAAAGCUUUUCCAACUUUG